AAUUUAAAGCUCCUGCAGGUGAUAGGAUAAUUCUCUACUUCCAGAAUUUGAAAGUUUCCAGUGUGCAUCUUUUGCCUGCAGGCCGACGUUUCUCAACUGGUUCGUCCGAGUGCUGGCACAAACCUGCAGAGGCGGUGGCGAUGCUUCCGGGCACCCAGGCAGCGGCCGCAGAAUGCGAGGAUGGAGAACUGCGGUGCCGCGUGGCUGUGGAGGAGCUGAGCCCCGGUGGGCAGGCGCGAAGGCGCCAGUCCCUACGCACCGCGGAGCUGAGCCUGGGCCGUAACGAGCGCCGCGAGUUGAUGCUGAGGCUGCAGGCGCCCGGGCCCGCUGGGCGGCCGCGCUGCUUCCCUGUGCGCGCCGCGCGCCUCUUCACCCGCUUCGCUGCCGCCGGGCGCAGCACUCUGCGGCUCGCCGCCGACAGCACUCCCCGGGCCAGCGCGGUCCAGCUGCUGCUCUCGGAUUGCCCCCCAGACCGCCUGCGCCGCUUCUUGCGUACGCUGCGCCUCAAGCUGGCGGCGGCCCCGGGUCCCGGGCCGGCCUCCGCCCGCACGCAGCUGCUUGGCCCGCGGCCCCGCGACUUCGUCGGCAUCAGCCCCGUGCAGCCCGAGGAGUUGCGGCGCGUGGCGGCCACCCGGGUCACAGAUACCACGCCGGUGAAGCGGCCCACGGAACCUCGGGCGGGAGCCAAGCCCAGCACAGAAGUCACAAGGUGGCCCCUGCCUGUGAAGAGGCUGAGAUUGCCCCCCACCAAACCAGAGCUUUCCAAGGAACAGGCUGCUGUCCUGAGGGCUGUCCUGAAAGGCCAGAGCAUUUUCUUCACUGGGAGUGCAGGGACGGGUAAGUCUUAUCUGCUGAAGCGUAUCCUGGGCUCACUACCUCCCACGGGCACUGUGGCCACUGCCAGCACUGGGGUGGCAGCCUGCCACAUCGGGGGUACUACCCUCCAUGCCUUUGCAGUGUCCCUCACAGGCAUUGGCUCAGGCCAGGCUCCCCUGGCCCAGUGUGUGGCCCUGGCCCAGCGGCCCGGUGUGCGGCAGGGUUGGCUGAACUGCCAGCGGCUAGUCAUUGAUGAGAUCUCCAUGGUGGAAGCGGACCUGUUUGACAAGCUGGAGGCCGUGGCCAGAGCUGUCCGGCAGCAGAAUAAGCCAUUCGGAGGGAUCCAGCUCAUCAUCUGUGGGGACUUCCUGCAGUUGCCACCUGUAACCAAGGGAUCCCAGCUCCCGCAGUUCUGCUUCCAGGCCAAGAGCUGGAGGAGGUGUGUCCCAGUGACCCUGGAACUGACUGAGGUGUGGAGGCAAACGGACAAGACCUUCAUCUCUCUGCUGCAAGCUGUGCGGCUGGGCAGGUGCUCAGAUGAAGUCACCCGCCAGCUCCGGGCCACAGCUGCCCACAAGGUAGGGCGAGAUGGGAUUGUGGCCACAAGGCUCUGCACCCACCAGGAUGAUGUGGCCCUUACCAAUGAGAGGCAGCUGCAGGAACUGCCAGGUGAAGUACACAGCUUUGAGGCCAUGGACAGUGACCCUGAGCAAGCCCGGACCCUGGAUGCCCAGUGUCCUGUUAGCCAGCUCCUUCAGCUAAAGCUGGGGGCCCAGGUGAUGCUGGUGAAGAACUUGGCAGUGUCUCGGGGCCUGGUGAAUGGUGCCCGAGGGGUGGUAGUCGGGUUCGAGGCCGAGGGGAGAGGGCUGCCCCAGGUCCGGUUCCUGUGUGGAGUCACCGAGGUCAUCCGUGCUGACCGCUGGACGGUGCAGACCACGGGGGGCCAUCUCCUCAGCCGGCAGCAGCUGCCCCUGCAGCUGGCCUGGGCCAUUUCCAUUCACAAGAGCCAGGGCAUGUCCCUGGAUUGUGUGGAGAUGUCUCUGGGCCGUGUGUUUGCCAGCGGCCAGGCCUAUGUGGCCCUUUCCCGGGCCCGCAGCCUGCAGGGCCUCCGUGUGUUGGACUUUGACCCCAUGGUGGUUCGCUGUGACCCGCGCGUACUGAGCUUCUAUGCUACCCUGCGGCAGAAUGGGGCCCUCAGCCUGGAGUCCCCAGAUGAUGAGGAGGGAACCUCAGACCAGGAGAACGUGGACCCGAACCUUUGAUCUGCGAAGAGAAGACAAAGGGUGGUUUCCCCUCCUCUUGCUCCCUAGGGAGCCAGGCCCUGGGGGAUCCCAGGGGGAGGGUGGUCAGUGUCCCUUUCCUCCUUUGUCGGUGGCUCUCAGUCUCCGGCCAGCUUUCCAUCCAUUUGCCAGCUGUGCCUCAGUUUCUCCCUUUGCCCUGGGUGAGCUACUUCCAGGGUGAGGGGUUGGCAAGGGGCCUGCAGUGGUAGCUGGUGAUACAGGACAGAGCUCUCUGCGAGCGGCCAGCCACAGGGCCACACAGUUGUGGGCGCUGCUCCCUGUGAGCUACAGAGAGGAGAGGCAGCAGGUGCUCCAAGAGGAGGAACAGGACGUAGGGGUCCUAGCAGGGGACUCAGAUCCGAAGCAGAGAAGGGAACCUGGGGAGAGUCUUCAUAGCCAGAUCCAGUCCUGCAUAAGCCAGGGCAAACACUCUCCUGAGCCUAACUUGAGAACACGCGCUGCAAAAAUAUGCAUCUAUAUCUUAAGCUGCUCUUUUGGGAAAGACAUCGUGGGAGUAUGGAUAUUCUCCGACUUUAUUUAUUUAGGACAAAUAAACUGGUAAACUGUG